AAGUAGAAUCACUUCCUGCAAUAGCUGUUCUUCCUGGUCUGUUUAUGCAUUCCUGAACAAAAUAGUUUCUCUCUCCGAGUAGGAAGAAUGGAGACAGGGGUGUUAGCAGAAGAGCUGACCUGUAGUGUGUGUCUGGGGUUGUUCCAGGACCCCGUGGCAUUGCCCUGCCAGCACAGUUUCUGUGCAAAAUGUAUCAACGAUGCCUGGGACCAUCCAAAGACUCCGAGUGGAGUCAGCUGCCCUCACUGCCGUCAGACCUUCAAACCCAGACCCAGCCUCGUGAAAAACCACACUCUGCAGAACAUCGUGGAGAAAUACAACCGGCACCCGCCUGUCGCUGCCACUUCUGCCCAGACGGUCCCCGUGAUGUGUGAGUACUGUAUCGACAAUCCGACCCAGGCCGUGAAGACCUGUCUCAAAUGUGAAACCUCCUUCUGCUCCCGCCACCUGCAGCCGCACUUGACGAAGCAAAUUUACAAAGACCACUGCUUGAUCGAGCCCACAGCCGACCUCACACGGAGACAGUGCCCAAGUCAUCGGAAGGCCCUCGACUUCUACUGCGAGCAAGACGAGGUGUGUGUGUGCAUGUCCUGCACCAUCGUCGGGAAUCACAAGUCCCACAGUCUGCUCAGUCUGGAGCAGGCGAAGGACAAACUCAAGGAGAAGUUGAAGAACAGUGUUGAGAAUAUUCAAACGAUUCAGAAAGAAUGGUCACGUGAACAGGAAGAUCUGAAGCAAUCAGAAAUUGAAGUAAAGAGACACAGUAAGGAAAUGAAGGAAAAACUAUUGGCAGCUUUCUCAGAAUGGAGGAAGCAGUUGGAAGACGAUGAAAAAUUGGCACUGAAGAUGAUUGAUGAAGAAGAGAAUCGAGCACUCUGCCAGAUCAAGAGCUCCUCUGAUUCACUGUUGAAGAAAAUGGAAGAAAUUCAAAUAAUAGACAAGGAAGCCCAGGGUCAAGUGGUGGAGGAUCCUCUCUUCUUCAUUCAGGAUGUGAAGCAGCUUCUUUCGAGAUAUUCACAAUUUGCUGUUUUCAACCAGGCUGCUGUCAAAAAACAGGAGAGAAAUGUUGAGGGGGUAUUUGGUUUUUGUGACUCCACUUUCGGUUCUGCGCCGUCUUUCGGUUCAUCGCAGAUAGAGGCCAACAGAUGUUCACAACUUUCUGUUUUCAAAAUAGUUCCUGCCAACGAACAGAGAAAUGUUCCGAUGAUAUUUAGUUUUGGUGGCUCCUCUUCCGGUUCAUCGCAGAUGGAGCCCAACAGAUGUUCACAACUUUCUGUUUUCAAAAUAGUUCCUGCCAACGAACAGAGAAAUGUUCCGAUGAUAUUUAGUUUUGGUGGCUCCUCUUCCGGUUCAUCGCAGAUGGAGCCCAACAGAGCCACAGAGCCAAAGCGUGUAACCCUGAACGUGUCUGCUGUCAGGACUGUUAUGCAGAAUAAAUUUGGGGAAUACCAGAAGUACCAGACAACCAUAUUGCAGACACUAGUGUGCUCUUAGAUGAUGAAUUAAUUUCGGAUGAAGAGGGAUUUCCUUAGAAAGUGCUCAAUGCUGAUUCUUAGAAACCGCAUUACUACUGCAACAGAAGUUCUGCACCUUGGAUUCAAGAGAUGGAACUGCAAGCCCCUUUACGUUGUAAAUUGCUUUUCUUCAGAUUUUCGGAUGUUGACUGAGUAGGGUUUUUCCACAAUAUUCUGAUGUGUCCAUUUGAAGCCGUAGUGAGGGUAAUGUGUAGGCUUGAUCAUCUCAGAUAGUGAAGGUCUUUGGUACAGGUUUUACUGGGGUGGAGAUAUUAUUGGUGAGAGGUCUUCAUUGGUCAGUCGAUCAGUAGGUUAAGGAUUCAAGUCCAAUUGCAUUCAAGGAACGAAUAUAGCAGAGUUUUAAAGAGAAACCACGUUGUCCCUUCACUAAAAUAUAUCAUUGCCACGGUGCGUGCUGGCAACGACUAAACCCAGUUGCGGAGGACGGACAGACUCUCAUGUAGAAACAGAAACAAGAGAUUAAACUUAAGAAUUCCAGUGGAACAUCAGUGGCACAACCGAGCAACACUGAGACAAAUCAUUCUCAACGCCAGAACCCAGUGAUGAGUGCUAAUCUGGAGUACACUUUAAAUAAUCACAGUAGGUAGAAAACCCGUGCCGGAAACAAUGCCCUUGACAAGAUUAAACAGAAAGCACAAGAGCUUAAUGAUUCUAGUUAAGACAACUAUUAUUGAAUAUAGGUGCUUGAGAAAACUCCAAGCUGCACACUUCUUGGUUUCUCAAGCCCCGCUGCAGAGGCCCCCAGGGUUCAUGAUAAUCGUCUUGUCCAAAUGUUAUUUUUGCUUCUGAGAGCCUUCUGUGUACAGAGUGGGCGUGACACUCUCCACAUAAUAGUAGUGACAAAACUUGGAACUUGCAUUACUGGAGGUAAAUGGUAAUGGAGUGGGAGGGGAAGAGGGAGAGGAGAAAGGAUAAUUAAGGAGGUUAAGAGAUUUAUACAAAAUACAAAUAGGAAAAGACAUAUUAACUAUCACGGUCAAAAUUACUCUUGUAUAAAGUACAAAAUGCUAGAAGAACUCAGCAGGUCACUCAGUGUCUGUGGUGAGGAAUAAACAGUGGCCGUUUGGGUCUGUGAUGCUUUCAGCCAGAGUAUCAACUGUUUAUUCCACUCUGUAGAUGUUGCCUGACCUUCUGAGUUCCGUCAGCAUUUUGUCUUUAUUGCUCAAGAUUUUCAGCAUCUGCAAAAUCUCUUGUGUACCAUUAUCACUUUUAGAGUUAAACUUUGAUUUCUUUCAGAAUUAAAGAGCAAGUAAUUUUUGUCUGA